AUGGCGUGCGAAGAAAGUGAAAAUCCGGACUGCACCAGGUCCGGAACCGGAAGCACCAAGCCCAGUCUGGCCAGACCAUGGGGCGACAUGAACGGUGCAAGGCUGGUCAUGCUAAGGCAGCGCCAUGCAAAGGCAGCAGAAGUCCGCAUUGCGCAACGUCCGAUGCAAGUAAUGCUGCUCCCAACCGAGCUGCCCCUUGCAGCGGCAGGAGUGGUCCCGAUGAUGCUGUUGCGAGUGCAAGUGAAGGAAAGCCAAUGCAUGCAUAACUGCGAAGGAGCAACGGCAGACCUGAGGUCACUGCGCCCAAAGCAAGCAGAGCCGGGCCAACUCAAGAAAUGCCAUGCAGAAACGGUAGAGAAUCUGGCGCUACGAUGCCGACCGCUGACAGCAACGACUCAACGCAAGCCAUUCCGCGCAGAGACAACGAAGAGUCCAGGGAUGUACAGUCAAGCACGGGCAGCAGCAGACCAACUCAGCUUGCACUUCGGGGUGACAGCAGCAGCCCUGAAUCUGCAGCUCCAGGCACAAACGGUCCGGAACCGGAAGCACCAAGCCCAGUCUGGCCAGACCAUGGGGCGACAAGAACGGUGCAAGGCUGGUCAUGCUAAGGCAGCAGAAGUCCGCAUUGCGCCACGUCCGAUGCAAGUGAUGCUGCCCCCAACCGAGCUGCCCCUCGCAGCGGCAGAAGUGGCUCCGAUGAUGCUGUUGCGAGUGCAAGUGAAGGAAAGCCAAUGCGUGCAUAACUGCGAAGAAGCAGUGGCAGACCUGAGGUCACUACGCCCAGCACAAGCAGAGCCGGGCCAGUUCAAGAAAUGCCAUGCAGAAGCAGCAGAGAAUCCGGCGCUACGACGCCAACCGCUGACAGCAACGACUCAAUGCAAGCCAUUCCGCGAAGAGACAACGAGGAGUCCGGGGAUGUACAGUCAAGCGCGGGCAGCAGCAGACCAACUCAGCUUGCACCUCGUGGCAACAGCAGCAGCCCUGAAUCUGCAGCUCCAGGCACAGAUGGAAACAGCCCUGGAGUUACAUGCCCUGCUGCAAACGAAGAUGGAUCAGGCUUGGCCACGGCAUGCGAAGAAAGAGGAAACCCGGACUGCACCAGGACGGGGGCUGCAAGAUCGGCACAGGCAGCGCCAUGCAAAGGCAGCAGAAGUCCGCAUUGCGCCACGUCCGAUGCAAGUGAUGCUGCUCCCAACCGAGCUGCCCCUCGCAGCGGCAGGAGCGAGUCCGAUGAUGCUGUUGCGAGUGCAAGUGAAGGAAAGCCAAUGCAUGCAUAACUGCGAAGAAGCAGUGACAGACCUGAGCUUACCACGCCCAAAGCAAGCAGAGCCGGGCCAGUUCAAGAAAUGCCAUGCAGAAACAGCGGAGAAUCUGGCGCUACGACGCCGACCGCUGACAGCAACGACUCAAUGCAAGCCAUUCCGCGAAGAGACAACGAGGAGUCCAGGGAUGUACAGUCAAGCACGGGCAGCAGCAGACCAACUCAGCUUGCACUUCGGGGCGAUAGCAGCAGCCCUGAAUCUGCAGCUCCAGGCACGAACAGAAAGAGUCCUGGAGUCACACUCCCUGCUGCAAACGAAGAUGGAUCAGGUUUGGCCAUGGCAUGUGAAGAAAGAGGAAACCCAGACUGCACCAGGACGGGGGCAGCAAGAUCGGCACAGGACACACCUCGAGGCAACGCUGCUCCCAACCGAGCUGCCCCUUGCAGCGGCAGGAGCGAGUCCGAUGAUGCCGUUGCGAGUGCAAGUGAAGGAAAGCCAAUGCAUGCAUAACUGCGAAGAAGCAGUGGCAGACCUGAGCUCACUACGCCCAAAGCAAGCAGAGCCGGGCCAGUUCAAGAAAUGCCAUGCAGAAGCAGCAGAGAAUCUGGCGCUACGACGCCAACCGCUGACAGCAACGACUCAAUGCAAGCCAUUCCGCGGAGAGACAAGGAAGAGUCCAGGGAUGUACAGUCAAGCACGGACAGCAGCAGACCAACUCAGCUUGCACCUCGUGGCGACAGCAGCAGCCCUGAAUCUGCUGCUCCAGGCACAGAUGGAAACAGCCCUGGAGUUACAUGCCCUGCUGCAAACGAAGAUGGAUCAGGCUUGGCCAUGGUAUGCGAAGAAAGAGGAAACCCGGACUGCACCAGGACGGGGGCAGCAAGAUCGGCACAGGACACACCUCGAGGCAACGCUGCUCCCAACCGAGCUGCCCCUUGCAGCGGCAGGAGCGAGUCCGACGAUGCUGCUGCGAGUGCAAGUGAAGGAAAGCCAAUGCAUGCAUAACUGCGAAGAAGCAGUGGCAGACCUGAGCUCACUACCCCCAAAGCAAGCAGAGCCGGGCCAACUCAAGAAAUGCCAUGCAGAAGCAGCAGAGAAUCUGGCGCUACGACGCCAACCGCUGACAGCAACGACUCAAUGCAAGCCAAUCCGCGGAGAGACAAGGAAGAGUCCAGGGAUGUACAGUCAAGCACGGACAGCAGCAGACCAACUCAGCUUGCACCUCGUGGCGACAGCAGCAGCCCUGAAUCUGCAGCUCCAGGCACAGAUGGAAACAGCCCUGGAGUUACAUGCCCUGCUGCAAACGAAGAUGGAUCAGGCUUGGCCAUGGCAUGCGAAGAAAGAGGAAACCCGGACUGCACCAGGACGGGGGCAGCAAGAUCGGCACAGGACACACCUCGAGGUAACGCUGCUCCCAACCGAGCUGCCCCUUGCAGCGGCAGGAGCGAGUCCGAUGAUGCUGUUGCGAGUGCAAGUGAAGGAAAGCCAAUGCAUGCAUAACUGCGAAGAAGCAGUGACAGACCUGAGGUCACUACGCCCAAAGCAAGCAGAGCCGGGCCAACUCAAGAAAUGCCAUGCAGAAGCAGCAGAGAAUCUGGCGCUACGACGCCAACCGCUGACAGCAACGACUCAAUGCAAGCCAAUCCGCGGAGAGACAAGGAAGAGUCCAGAGAUGUACAGUCAAGCACGGACAGCAGCAGACCAACUCAGCUUGCACUUCGAGGCGACAGCAGCAGCCCUGAAUCUGCAGCUCCAGGCACAGAUGGAAACAUCCCUGGAGUUACAUGCCCUGCUGCAAACGAAGAUGGAUCAGGCUUGGCCAUGGUAUGCGAAGAAAGAGGAAACCCGGACUGCACCAGGACGGGGGCAGCAAGAUCGGCACAGGACACACCUCGAGGUAACGCUGCUCCCAACCGAGCUGCCCCUUGCAGCGGCAGGAGCGAGUCCGAUGAUGCUGCUGCGAGUGCAAGUGAAGGAAAGCCAAUGCAUGCAUAACUGCGAAGAAGAAGUGGCAGACCUGAGCUCACCACGCCCAAAGCGAGCAGAGCCGGGCCAACUCAAGAAAUGCCAUGCAGAAGCAGCAGAGAAUCUGGCGCUACGACGCCAACCGCUGACAGCAACGACUCAAUGCAAGCCAAUCCGCGGAGAGACAAGGAAGAGUCCAGGGAUGUACAGUCAAGCACGGACAGCAGCAGACCAACUCAGCUUGCACCUCGUGGCAACAGCAGCAGCCCUGAAUCUGCAGCUCCAGGCACAGAUGGAAACAGCCCUGGAGUUACAUGCCCUGCUGCAAACGAAGAUGGAUCAGGACGGGGGCAGCAAGAUCGGCACAGGAACCAAAAUGGACAAGCCUGCACACACCGUGCACUGCGCGAACAACAGUGGGCCCAUGCUAGUGACGCUGCUCCCAACCGAGCUGCCCCUUGCAGCGGCAGGAGCGACUCCGAUGAUGCUGCUGCGAAUGCAAGUGAAGGCACGAACGGAAACAGUCCUGGAGUCACACGUCCUGCUGCAAACGAAGAUGGAUCAGGACGGGGGCAGCAAGAUCGGCACAGGUAACGCUGCUCCCAACCGAGCUGCCCCUUGCAGCGGCAGGAGCGACUCCGAUGAUGCUGUUGCGAGUGCAAGUGAAGGGGCAACGGUGUCAGCUGCUAACGGAAGCGACUCGAUGCAAGCCAUUCCACGCAGAAGUAGUGACGGGCCUAGGGACAGGCAGCCGACGACCAAUGAUGACAGGCCAACUCAGCUGGCACCUUGCAGCAGCGGCGGCGACUCUGAGGAACUAGCUCCAGCGGCAGACAAAGAGAAUCCUGAAAUCGUCCUCCCGACUGCAGACAAGACAGAACCAGGUCAGGCUGCAGCCUUCAGCGACAGAAACAAGCCAACCUGUGCCAUGUCUGGCACUGAAGGCAAUGGGUCCAGCCUGGCCAGGCCACGAGGCAACGGCAAGAAUUCAAGGCUGGUCGUGCUCGGGACAGACAUAGCGAGGUCAAUACAUGUCACGCCGCGAGGAGACGGUGACAAACCCGAGCUUGCCACACCGAGCACUAGAGGCCCCGAGUCUGGCCGCACGGAACCGCAAGCAGGAAGAAGGAAGCUUGAGCGCACCAUGGACCGUGCCAGCAGAAGCGGACCGACGGUGGCGGAAUCAGGCACUGACAAGAAAGCGCCCGGGCGAGCAGCACCGCGUGAGAGCAGCGGAGGUUCGCAAUGCGCCGCAUCCGAUACAGGUGACGCUGCUCCCAACCGAGCUGCCCCUUGCAGCGGCAUGAGCGACUCCGAUGAUGCUGUUGCGAGUGCCAGCAAGGAAAAGCCAGCGCAGCAGCAACUGCGUGGAGAUAGUAUCGAUUCUGGAGUGGCUGCGGCGGAGGCAAGUGAUGGCAAGCCCGUACAAGCAGGGGACGAUCCCAACCGCGACAUCGCAUGGGGCAGUAGUAACAAGUCUGAGUUCGCGCAGCUCAAUAUGGAAGGCGGUCCUGCGUGCACGGUGGCUAAGGCUGGCAAGGGGAUGCCGAGGCAAGCACAGCUGCGCAAGGAGGGCGAGGUCCACAGCUUGCCGGACCUUCCGCAAACAGAACCAAUUCCAGUCUCGACGUUGCACGGAUCAGCAGUGGAAAGCCUGAAUUUGCAGAGUCCGGCGCUGGAGGCAAUGGGUCCAGCCUGGCCAGGUCAAUACAUGUCACGCCGCGAGGAGACGGUGACAAACCCGAGCUUGCCACACCGAGCACUAGAGGCCCCGAGUCUGGCCGCACGGAACCGCAAGCAGGAAGAAGGAAGCUUGAGCGCACCAUGGACCGUGCCAGCAGAAGCGGACCGACGGUGGCGGAAUCAGGCACUGACAAGAAAGCGCCCGGGCGAGCAGCACCGCGUGAGAGCAGCGGAGGUUCGCAAUGCGCCGCAUCCGAUACAGGUGACGCUGCUCCCAACCGAGCUGCCCCUUGCAGCGGCAGGAGCGACUCCGAUGAUGCUGUUGCGAGUGCAAGUGAAGGAAGGCCAAUGCAUGCAUAGCUGCGAAGAAGCAGCGGCAGACCUGAGCUCACUACGCUCAAGGCAAGAAGAGCCGGGCCAGUCCAAGAAACACCCUGAAGCGACGGCAACGAUCCAGGGGCAACGGUGUCAGCUGCUAACGGAAGCGACUCGAUGCAAGCCAUUCCGCGCAGAAGCAGUGACGGGCCCAGGGACAGGCAGCCGACGACCAAUGAUGACAGGCCAACUCAGCUGGCACCUUGCAGCAGCGGCGGCGACUCUGAGGCACUAG